UGGCCUGGGCAGGGGUGGGGCGGCAGUGGGGAGGAAGUAGUCCAGACCUACACCACCCUGGCCCAGCUUCCCGCAUCCCACGACGACCUGUUGGGAACCUUCCCAAUAAAGUCCCCACCAGGAGGCAGCCUCCUUCCUGAAUCAGUUUCUGUCUCAUUUCCCCUCAACUCCAGUCUCUCUAUGAGCCCAAGUUCAGUAUUAUAAAGAUUUUCUUGAUUCAGCUGUUGAACGGUCAUUUCAAUUAGAUGUAUCUAAAGCUUCAGGAUUCAGGGAGAUCUCUCCCCAAAGAAUCAGUCUUUAGGAGUUUGCAGUAAAGGAAUUUGACCAAACCACUCAGGUUCCAUCCUUGACCUGUAGCUGAGAACAUGACCCCUAGUAAAUGGUGACCGUACACCUAGAUUUUUCAGGACAGCCUUGUUUUCAAAUACUCAAUCCCUGAAUGAGAUGACAGGCCCUGAUCGGGUUCAGUAAAUGUGGUCGGCACGUGCAGCCUGCCCCGGAGUUGGCCCAAGUCAGGCCAGCACUGAAUUUAUCCUCCAGUUUUGGUUCUCCUCCCUUAUGCUCAGAAUGACUCUGCCUUCCUUUCUUUCAGGCUCGACAAGUUUCCUGCUUGGAGGUCCAUGCAGAAUCCAGGAAGCGGUGGAAGAGCAGGAAAAUGAAUGACCUCCUGGUGGCAGUGAGUGAGUCCUAUGAGCACACGCAGCGCGUCUCAUGCUGCCUGGAGCCCUGCUGCCCGAACCCUGCCUGCUUCCACUACCCCAAGUACUUCCAGCCCAAGAUGCAGGUGGAGGUGCCCAAGAGCCAGUGGAGCUGUGGGGUACAAGGCGCUGACACCGGGGCUUUGCUGCUGCUGUGCCCACAAGAAGAAGGGCCCUGUCUGCCAGCCCCUCGAUUGUCUCCCUGAUGGCCAGGCAGUGAGGCUGCCUGUGGACGAGAGCUGUGAAUUACACAUGAAGUCUACACCCUGCCCCCAGACAUUGGACGUGCGGCUGGGCUUCAGCCUGUGCCCGGCAGAGCUGGAGUUCCUGCAGAAGCGGAAGGUGGUGGCGGCCAAGGGGCUGAAGCAGGUGUUGCAGCUGGAGGAGGAUCUGCAGAUGGACGAGGUACCGCUGAUAGCUAUCAUGGCCACUGGGGGUGGAGCAAGAUCCAUGACCGCCAUGUAUGGCCACCUGCUGGGGCUGCAGAAGCUGAACAUCCUGAACUGUGCCAGCUACAUCACCGGCCUGUCAGGGGCCACCUGGACCAUGGCCAACUUGUACCGUGACCCCAACUGGUCCUCCAAAGACCUGGAGCCUGCUGUAUUCGAAGCACGGAGGCACGUGGUCAAGGACAAGAUGCCUGCCCUGUUCCCAGACCAGCUCUUCAAAUUCCAGGAGGAGCUUCAGCAACGCAGUCAGGAAGGCUACAAAGUCACCUUUACAGAUUUCUGGGGCCUGCUGAUUGAGGCCUGUUUAGGGGAUGAGAAAAAUGAAUGCAAGCUGUCAGAUCAGCGUGCUGCUUUGUGCCAUGGCCAGAAUCCCCUGCCCAUCUACCUCACGAUCAAUGUCAAGGAUGAUGUAAGCAACCAGGAUUUCAGAGGGGAACUGCGGCCUCCCAGUCCCAGGCUCCCCAAGGGCCUGGGAGCCUGCCUGGGUGAGGAGGGACCACCUGACUGUUUCGGUCUGAGACUGACAUCCUGCCCUGCCUCUUCUUAUGCAGAGUGGUGUGAGUUCUCCCCCUACGAGGUGGGCAUGCAGAAGUAUGGGGCCUUCAUCCCCUCUGAGCUCUUCGGCUCCGAGUUCUUCAUGGGGCGGCUGAUGAGAAGGAUCCCGGAGUCCCAGAUGUGCUACAUGCUAGGUUUGUGGAGCAGCAUCUUCUCCCUGAACCUGCUCGAUGCCUGGAACCUGUCCCACACCUCAGAGGAGUUUUUCCACAGAUGGACGAGGGAGAGAGUGCAUGACAUCGAAGAUGAGCCACUCCUGCCUGAAGUCCCCAAAUGUGAUGCCAACGUCCUGGACACCACGGUGGUGAUCCCAGGGUCGUGGGUGUCCAAUACUUUCCGCAACAUCCUCACCCAUCGGGCCUUUGUGUCUCAGUUCCACAACUUCCUGCGGGGGCUGCAGCUGCACACGGACUAUGUCCAGAACAGCCAUUUCUCCAUGUGGAAAGACACGGUGCUAGAUGGUUUCCCAAACCAGCUGACACAGUCCGUGAACCACUUGUGCUUGUUGGACACCGCGUUCUUCGUCAACUCCAGCUACCCGCCCCUCCUCAGGCCUGAGAGAAAAGUUGACCUCAUCAUUCACCUCAAUUACUGCGCCGGGUCUCAGGCAAAGCCCAUGAAACAAACCUGUGAGUACUGCUCCGUGCAGAACAUCCCCUUCCCCAACUAUGAGCUGCAAGAGGAGGAGGAAAAUCUCAAGGAGUGUUACCUGAUGGAGAACUCCCAGGAGCCUGAUGCCCCCAUCGUGAUUUUCUUCCCACUCAUCAAUGACACCUUCCAAAAGUACAAGGCCCCAGGUGUGGAGAGGAGCCCCGAGGAGCUGGAGCAGGGCCAGGUUGACAUUUAUGGCCCCAAAACUGCUUAUGCCACCAAGGAGCUGACUUACACAGAGGCUGCCUUCAACAAGCUGGUGAAGCUCUCCGAAUACAACAUCCUAAAUAACAAGGACAAGCUCCUUCAGGCUUUGCGACUGGCAGUGGAGAAGAAGAAACGCCUGAAGACCCAGGGUCCCUCCUAAGUCCCAGGGCUCCUGUGUCUGCUUCUGCUGUCAGAAGUGUGGAACCCAUCAGGGCUGACCAGCCCUCAUGGUCAGCUCUGCGAUCUGGCAAGGGGUGCAGGCAGACUGGCCUGGGCUUUUAAUCAUAAAAUUAAAUCAAAAAGGUUGAGAGAGACAGAGACACAGGAAAAUAACAAGGGGAUGUAUUAGGGUUUUUGUACCCACUGGAAUUUUUUUAAACCUUUCUCUGAAGACAAGGGGAUCCAAUAGCCACAGGCUCCCACACGUGCCCCAAGUGUGAAGAAUAAAAGCAUGGCCUGGUUCCCCAGAAACCUGGGACUCAGAGUGAGAGUGCCAAGCCUAUCCCUCUCUGCUUCCCUGCCUCCUUGCAUGGAGGGUCUUGGUGAAUGCACAGAAGACUGAGAAGCACUCUGGGUUCUCCGAGAAAAUGUUUUUUUGUAAUUUGAGGCAAUUAUAUUCUUGUGAUUUUUAUAGGAAAUUUCACUUUGUGGGUUUUACUUUUAUGAAUCAGUAUUAAUAGGAAGCGUGAUGGUAGAAGAUCUAGAAAAAGCACUACAGACACAUAGUCUCUUCAACAACAAAGAGCCUCGUGGACCUUGAGCAGCCCCUCUCCAGCCUCUCAGAGCCCCAGGACUGGUGGGCCCAUCCAAGCACCCAGCAACAGUGAAAUGCCAGGCAAAACCCAAAUCUGCAGUUCAGAUACACCAAACAAAGAUCUGGAUGCAGUGGGAGGGUGUCUGGACAGAUAAAUGGAGUCACCCACCAAGUGGGUAAUGAUGCUCAUGCCGCCUACUCCCAAAGGCCGAAGCUCUCUGACCAGCCUGCUCCAGGAGCACUUCUCAACUCCCUUACCACCUCCUUUCCAAUUUCCAGAUGGGAUUAUUCAUUUCUCAAUGAGAUUCCUCUGAUUUGUCAUGUAAAUACCAUGGCCAACACAUCCCAACUCUUGCAGUCACCCCAAGGGAAUGAAACUAAGAAGGGCUGACCCAGAAAAGACUAGAUUAGCCUGAGGAAGAAGCCCAUCCAUGGGAUGGUUUCCAGAUGAAUCUCUGGGAAAGCCCUGGGACCCAGAGAAGCAGAAAGUAUCCAGGUCUUCCAGCAGGCUGGGAGCUUAACUAAAGAAAUGUGUACUCUGAGCCAAUGAGAUGCCCAGGCCAAUUAGUGGUGUGACCAAAAAGGCAAGUGGUCCACGUGAAGCCCAGCAAACCUAGAAGAUGUGGCCAUCUUUCUGGGCUUCCGUGUUCCCUAAGCAGUCUUUUGAUUGUUAGGAGACAAGUGGUGACAUGUACCAAGGGUUUAGAAAAAUUGGCCUCCAAUUUACAUCCUUGCUGCUCAAAGUGUGGUAGGGAACUGGUUAGAAAUGCAGAAUCUCAGUCUCCAUCACAGCCAUACUGAAUCAGAAUUUGCAUUUUAAGGAGAUUCCCAUCUCCUCUGCACUCCUCCCUACCCAGGGGAUGCCCAUACAUAUUGAAGUUUGAGAGGUGUGGAUUUAUGCCAUCCUUUCCCAUAAGCUUGGAAAGCAUGAAUCAAUCAGCUCUCCCAAACCACCAAAAAACUGGGCUUCUGGACCUGCAAAACUGGUUCCCACCCAGAUAAUGCUAACCUGGGACGUGACCCCUCCCCUGCUCCAGAGCAGCCAGUGGGACAAUGGACAAAAGAUGUUCACUUUGACAUCUUUUCUUUCCUUCUGCUACAAAAGGCUCUCCUUAGAUUAUCAGAGUGAGCCAUACAGCAAGACCUGUAUUAUAAGAUGAAGGCAGCCCUUCCUUGGAUUCAUCAAAGUAUGAAAAAUGAGGGUUAUAUAAUCAUUGUAUUAUUUGAGCAUGGAAUAAAGUGGCCAUGUGGGUAAA